GCUCUUCUAGUGCACUAUGGAGCUCCACUCUCAUUUUCGCUGAUAAGCAAGUCAAUUGUCGGAACAGCAAUGGCUAGAACGAGGUCUACUACCAUGAAUACCUCGUGCCCGAUCACCGAGUUCUCCAGAUUGAGCAUGUAACCCAAGAAGAAGAUUACAUUAACGUCGCGGUAUUUCUCCCCCUUCGUUCAAGUUCCGUUUCGAAUUUAAAGGAAUUGGUGGGAUUUCGGAGAAUGCGGGCUUUACUGAACUCUAUAUAACCUGAGUCUGUCCAACUUCAUAAAUACCUUGUUGGCGACAGGGACGACCACUCAAUAUGCCUGCAUCCAGCAUAGAACAGACUUUCCUCGCCCAAUUGACACAGCAGGGCUUUCACAUGAGAUCCUUUCGGCAACGAAGACUAGGCGCUCAUCCGGUUUUUGAAAUCUCGCUAGCAGGCGGUCAAACCGUCUUGAUUCAACGGCUCUUUGAGAGCGAGACCGCUCUCCUCCGCUGGCUUUCCUCACACUCCGCGGUGCCCGCGCCCCAUCUUUUGCAUGUCCUACCAAGUAGCGCCGAAAUCCCUGGGAAUGCUUUCACUCAUACCCGACGCUGUCCUUCAUGGGCGAAGGAGCAACUGGUGCGGUCAUAUGCGGAUUUCGCACUGAAGUUGUUCGACAUUGAUAUCCCACAAACGAUCGGCUCUAUCUCUGUCACGAGUUCCACGGAUGAGCUCGUCGUAAUACCGCGGAUUUGCAGUGCUAAUCACGCCCAUGCCCCUGGAGUCUUUCCCACUUUGCAAAAAUACCUCGAAUAUCUUUCUACAUUGAAGAAAAGACGAGCAUUCACUUCAGACACAGGGGAAGAAAGUAGGUUCCGAGCGCAAGCAUCCAUAUCACAAUUAAUUGCGCACCUGCGGGGGCACUUGACCCAACUCGAUGAACGGUGUGUUCGUCGCAUGGUACUGGCACACGACGGACUGGGAGACAUGAAUUUCAUGGUUGAUUCCUCCGGCAACAUCACUGGUAUCUUAGACUGGUGGAGGAAUUCAACAUUGCCUGCUAUACUCGCUGCGGAUUAUCCCCCCUGGCUCAGAUACGAUGGAAUUAACGACCCUCGGUUUGCUGCUCCGAGCAAAUCGUGGCUAGAAACACAGGAAGAAAGCGCAAGACUGCGAAGAAUAUACCAGGGGGCUGUGAAAAGCAAUGACUUUUACUACACAGCACUGAUGCAAGGCGCUCAGUUACGAGCGGCUGUAGGUUGGGUGUUUGACAUUGAAGAUGACCCGUGCUGUGUAAGAAUGAGACAGUGGACGCUGAGCACUUUUGGUCCCCCAAUUGGAAGCCCCUCAAAUGAUAACCAGUGUAUCAUUACAUAGCUACCGGGAUCUUUUUCAGCUGUGCAAGGUCCAGACGUGUUUCAGAUAAUUUUUGUCUUAUCCUUUAAUGACUUUUUGGUAUUCAAAUUCCUUUUCU